GGGUCACCUGAUAAACAGUCAAGAUGGCGAACUCCAUGUGUGCGGUUGCGAAAACCGUAAACUCGUCAAAACACACACAUUUUGCCUAUGAGCUACGCUCGUAGGAAGUCUCGUCAACUCUUUUUCCCGUGCGAUCUUGUGCGCGCAGUUGAUCCUUCUGUUCGAGCGUGAGCAGUCUGCACACUACCGUCGGGCUACGCGCGUUUCGACGUUUACACGGAAGCGGCCGCCACCACAGCAGCGUGGUCCACGUCGAAAAGGAGCCUACAAGUGACCUGAUCUUACACGGUUGCCACCUUGCCGUGUUCAGCGAAGGAGACCUUCCAACUUGUUGCAUUCCCCUCGACUUGGAGGUAGUGGUCAACCGCCGUCGAUAUGUCGCAGACGACAAAAAUCAAACACGUCACCAAGGAGGUUCUGGAGGACUAUGUUCUCCCCAAGGAAAACCAGCAGAUCGUGCGGGUGCUUUGUGGCAGAGGAAACAACCUGCACGAAGUUGAAGAACCAUCUGGCAAUACUUACCUGGUGAGCAUGCCGGUGAAGUUCAGAAAGAACAUAUGGAUCAAGCGAGGUGACUUUGUCAUCGUGGAGCCCAUUGAGGAGGGAGACAAGGUCAAGGCUGAGAUCGAGCGCAUCUUGUACCGUGACCAGAUAAAGUACAUCAAGGAGGAGGGCCUGUGGCCCAAGGCUUUCGACAGUGACAGUGGCAAAGGCGAUGGUAAUAACACCAGUCCCAAAGACAGUGACGACGAAGACGAUGACCUCUUUGUCAACACUAACCGUCCCAACAUUGUCUACGAAGAAAGUGAUUCAUCAUCCACUGAAAGUGAAGAUGAAGAGUAGUGCAAAAUAAAACAUAUUUUGUUGUA